ACUCCUGCGUCUCAUCUCCCUCGAGGGGGAAACGAUUAGGAGAGCCUUUGGUCGAGAAGCGAAAAGGGCAAAGAGAAUUAAGAGAGACUCGUGAUGGGUUUCUCCAAAUCGAUCGCUUUUAUUGUGCUUUUUGAUCUGUUGUGCUCGGCACGCAUCGCCAGAUCGGAUCUCGAUGGUGUCGUGGGGUUCCUGGAGAGGGCCAAGGAGCCGGAGUUCUUUGAUUGGAUGGUGGGCGUGCGGAGGAGGAUCCACGAGAACCCCGAACUCGGCUACGAGGAAUUCUCGACCAGCGAGCUUAUCAGGAAGGAGCUUGACGCCUUGGGAAUCCCUUACCUGCAUCCCGUCGCCGUCACCGGGGUUGUGGGCUACGUCGGAACCGGGAAGCCUCCGUUUGUCGCCCUCAGAGCCGACAUGGAUGCCCUUGCGAUGCAGGAGGAAGUGGAGUGGGAGCACAAGAGCAAGGUGCCUGGCAAGAUGCAUGCAUGUGGCCAUGACGCACAUGUUGCUAUUCUGCUUGGUUCUGCUAAGAUCCUUCAAGAGCAUCGUGAUGAUCUACAGGGAACUGUUGUCCUCAUUUUCCAACCUGCUGAGGAAGGAGGUGGUGGGGCCAAGAAAAUGAUAGAAGCUGGAAUUGUUGAAAAUGUUGAUGCUAUUUUUGGAUUUCAUGUGGCAGUUGAUAUACCUGUUGGCACUGUCGCGUCCAGGCCUGGCCCUAUAAUGGCUGGGAGUGGUUUUUUUGAGGCAGUUAUAAGUGGCAAGGGAGGUCAUGCUGCCAUUCCUCAGCACACAAUAGAUCCAAUUUUGGCUGCAUCAAACAUCAUUGUGAGCUUGCAGCAUCUUGUUUCUCGUGAAGCCGACCCUUUGGAUUCACAGGUAGUAACGGUGGCAAAGUUUCAAGGAGGUGGUGCAUUCAAUGUAAUUCCAGACUCGGUGACCAUCGGUGGCACCUUCCGAGCUUUUACCAAAGAAAGCUUCUAUCAACUCAAGCAGCGAAUUGAAGAGGUCAUCGUUGCACAAGCAUCGGUGCAGAGGUGCAGUGCGAGUGUUGACUUUCUCAACAAAGAUCGUCCCUUCUUCCCUGUUACAGUCAAUAGCAAGGAUCUUCAUGGGCAUUUCCAGAAGGUGGCGGCGAAGAUGCUUGGGGUCAGCAACGUAGUAGAUAGGAAGCCUGUAAUGGGAGCUGAAGACUUUGCAUUAUUCGGUGAGGUCAUCCCUGCUGCUUAUUAUUACUUUGUUGGGAUGGUGAAUGAGACGCAAGGGCCGAUGUACCCCGCACACUCACCAUACUUCACCAUCAAUGAGGCUGCACUCCCUUAUGGUGCAGCCCUUCAUGCCUCUCUGGCAAUGAGCUAUCUGUCUGAAAAGCACACUCCUUUGUCAUCCACGGAGAAAGUUCAUGAUGAACUCUGAAUUAACUUUUCACGGCUCUUCAUGAGCUAUGUUUAGGUGGAUUAUGUUGUAUAUCUAGUUCGACCGGAUACGUUCUGAUGUGUUUACUGCAUAUUAUUAUUAUCUUUAAGUUAGACGAGUCAUUUUUAUCUCA